AUGUAUUGCGAAGCUCCUGAAUCGAAGUCUACUACCAAAGAAGAACUCUUUGGAGAAGAACAACCGCGGAAUAAAUUUGAGAAUUUAUUACCAAUUAAUGGGGCUUGGAAAAAAGACGUAGCUAAUUGGUUAGAAGAAGAUGUUCCUUCAUUUGAUUAUGGUGGAUUUGUUGUCGGUGACCAUUCAAAGACUGCCACGUUAUACAUGAAGGAAGAUGGACUAAUUGCUGGUAUUCCCUUUGUCAAUGAAAUUUUUAAACAUUGUGAGGUUCAAUUUAAGUGGUUAUAUGAGGAAGGUUCCUUUCUAACACCAUCUGUCCAGAGUACAGAGGGGAAAUUACCAGUUGCAUUUGUGAAGGGGAAUGCUAGGAAUAUUCUAUUGGCAGAGAGAACUGCUUUGAAUGUGUUAAGUAGAGCAUCUGGUGUGGCCACUAUGUCAUGGAACUUCGUUUCAGCAGCACGCAAAGUCGGUUAUAAAGGUAUUAUUGCUGGAACAAGAAAGACAACACCAGGUCUACGGAGAUUGGAAAAAUAUUGCAUGUUGGUUGGAGGAUGUGAUACGCAUCGAUAUGAUUUAUCUUCUAUGGUUAUGUUGAAGGAUAAUCAUAUUUGGUCUAGAGGGUCCAUUACUGAAGCAAUAAAGGAUGCCAGGAAUGUAUGUGGAUUUGCUCUUAAGAUUGAAGUUGAAUGUCGAUCUGAAAUUGAAGCCAAUGAAGCCAUUGAAGCAGGUGCAGAUAUUAUUAUGUUAGAUAAUUUUUCAAGUGAAGAGUUGAAAAUAUGUGCACGUCAUUUAAAGGAAAAAUGGUCUCAAAAGGGAAAGGUUUUCUUAGAAUGUAGUGGUGAUCUAAAAUUGAAUACAAUUGAAGAAUAUUUUUGUAAUGAUAUUGAUAUUUACAGUACAAGUAGUAUCCAUAAAGGUACAAAGGCAAUUGAUUUUUCUUUAAAGCUUAGUGACAUAUAA